CGCUGGGUUCACUCACGCUGAUCACAGAGUUCGUUCGUUAAGAGGCGUUCGUUUCGUUUAUUGAUCGUGCGUGUUGUUCGCGCGCCGGGUUUUGUUUUUAGGUUUUAGUGAAUAAAAUGUGAAUUAACCAGUGCUUCAGUGAUAUGUGAGCAUUAAAAGCACAAUCGACAAUGGGUGAUAUGCUUGAUGAUCUAGUUCUUGACUUCGAUCUCAACUAUCUCGAGGGAGCAUCAAAUCAUUCAGUGAUACCGGGGCAUAGUAAGCCAUUAAAGCCUAAUAUACAGCCACAGCAGCGACCACCAAACAAGAAAAAUCUUUUGUUAAAACAAAAACUAGUUGUAACAAACACCCUCAUCAAGAAAUAUCAUGAAAAUGCAAAACUAAUAACGGAAACGCAAAAUUUGCUCUUUGCUUCCAAGGAGGAAUGUAGGAAAGUUUGCAUCGAUUAUAAAAAUGCAUUAGAAAAAAUUGCAUAUGUAGAAAAGGAAUUUGAAAUACUUAAAAACCAGUUUCUAUCAGAGAAAUCAAAGUUAUUUGCAGAAAAGAACAAUACUGUAGCAAUUGAAUCUUAUGCAAAACAACUUCAGUUGUUGCUGAAAGAGAGAGAUGAUCUAAUUGAAUCAGUCAAGGAGGAAUGCAAAGUAGCUAAGGCUCAUCUCAAAGAAUCUGAAAAAACAAAUGCUUUACUUAAGAAAGAAAAAGAAGUUCUUUCCAAAAACAUCCAACACCUUGCAAAUUUAGUAUUUUUGAAAAAGACGACAUUGAAUAAGACAGAUAAAGCACUUGUUGCGAAAUAUAGGAUAAAUAAUGAAAAUCAUGAUGGAAUAGAUUCACUUUACGAAGACAUAAGCAGUGGCAGUGAAUUUGAUGACAUUGAUGAAUUGUCCAUACCAACAGCAGUGGAUGACUUUAAAGAGGCCAACACAAAAAAGAUUACUAUCUUAUCUGAUGUAUUGAUUGCUAAAAAUAUAGAAUUGGAACAUAUUACAAAGAAAGAUUAUAACGUUAACGAUCAUGAUUCAGAUGUUGGUAGUGAGGUUGUUAGUUUGGAUACAGGCAGAGGAUCGUCUCUUGAGUUUUCUGAUAGUGAGAAAUGUAUCAACAGCCCAGAUUACUUCAGUGCUGACAGUCCGUUAAGUAUUGAUCUUAAUAAUAAGAAACAAGGGGAUGCUGUCGAAAGUUCAAUUACAGUGAAAGAAACAAAUGAAACCCUUAAGAGCCCUAUACCAUUCGGGAGAAACAAUACAUCAGCUGAACAGAAUAAAAAGGGAUUAAUAUUUAGAGUUGAUAGAGCUGUUAGUCCUAUAAAUUAUAAAACACCUGCUGCUAAAAUAUUUGUCGAUAAAGCAGUAAAUACUGUAAAAGUAGCUUUUGUAAAUAAGUCUACUACUACAAGUCCUAUUCAUGAGGGAUCAAUAUUUGGUGAGAUAACUACUGCAAAAAUAGUUCAGGAAACUGUUACUCCCGUAAAAUUGCCUGUUCCCACCCAGCUUACACCCAGACGCGGUAUAAAUAAGGGUUCAAUAUUUGACGACAUUCCCACUCCUAAACCUGUAGAUGACAAGGAUCCAAUAAAAUUACCUUUAGCAUGCAAGAAUGCAUCAAGGAGCAUACAGAGAAUAUCAUUAUUUGAUGAAAUUCCUAAUUCUAAAACUGCAGUUGAUGAAGAUGUCAUAUCUACAAAAUUGCCCCUUAGUAGUCAGAAAGCAGCUAAACAUGAUGCAAAUAAGAAACAAUCGAUGUACGACGAAAUUUCUGCCCCUACGUCAAUGGUUACUGCAGGCCAGAAAUUAGCUAAAGGAGCCACUAAUAAAGGAUCAAUAUUUGACGAAAUUAGGAAUGUUAGUCCCAUAAAAUUAUCUCCUGCAAGUGAGAAAGAAACUAGACUUACUGAAGAUAUAGUGUCAUUGUUGCAUGAAGUUUCUGCUCCUAAACCUGCAGAUAAAGCUGAUAGUCUUAUAAAAAAUACUCCUGGAGGCCGUAAUGUAGCUAAACGCGCUAUUGAUAUGGAUUAUCUCUUUGAUGAAUUGCCUACUCCUAAAACUACAGUUGAUAGCGCUGUUAGUCCUAUCAAAUUACGACCUGAAAGUAGGGAUACUGCUACAAGUCCUAUUAAAUUACAACCUGUAUGUAAGGAUACAGCUGAAAGUCCCAUCAAAUUUCCUAGAAAUAAUGCAGUUUCUGGUUAUUUAUCUGCGAACCAUCAAAUACCGAUAAAAGAAUGUCUUGAAUUGAACGACAGAAACAAUUUAUGCAAUAGUGAUGAUACUGAAAUUGAAAUGAUUCUUAAUACCAUGAGGUUCACCCAUGAAGUUAUAACUCCAAUUCCACCGACCCCAACGAUUCCUGUUCGCACUAGAUCUAAAGUUCUAGCCAAAGCUAAUAAACAUACUGACAAUGAAGUUUCCGAGUUACUUAGGGAAUCUAAAGAACAGGCUAAUGUGGGACAUCUAGUAAAGAAAGUAAGAAAUACUAAAAAACUACCUUAUAUAACUUUUAAAUGUCAGAAGAAUAAGAAAAUUAUGGAGGACUGCAACAUACGUGAUGUGAAUGGAGAAAAUAAGACUGCAUCAUAUAUCAAGCUUGUAAAUGCGGAUUCUGAGCUGAUAACAAUUAUUGAAGUCAUAGAAGAUCCAACUUCUAGCGAAGAAUCGGGAAUAAUAGAGGAAUAUAAAGAAAAUACAAACAACAAUUCAUCUAAACGUACAUUGUCAAACACAUUUGAUCAGGAAAAGGAGGUUGAAGACGUCGGCGAUGAAUCACUUUCAAGACAAAAUACAGACACCAUUGAUGAAAUUGGUAAUAAAUCCAUAAUGAGAGCAAAACCGAAGAAAUUAACCCGACUUCAAAAACUUCGAAAAACGCUGAUACCUCAAAGCAAAAUAAAGAAAGAUGUCUUGCCUCCAGCGCGAAAAUUGCGUGCAAGAAUAGAACAGCUGCAGAUCAACAAGAAAAAGGCAAAAGCUUCAGAAUUAAAGGUGACAUUAAGUAGUGAUGAAGCUUACCAAAAAGCUGUUAAAAUCAUGGCUGAAUUAAAAUUGAAAGAAAAUACUACUAAAGUAAAAACUAUCAAUGGGAAAAAGAGACAUUCUAUGCCAAGUUCGCUAGUAUCUAAAAUUGAUAAUGAAAAUAAUGGUAACGAAACACAUGUUGCCAAUUGUAUUUUAACUAGAAGCCGCAUCAAACGUUUAUCAUUGUCACAUGACAAAGAUGCUGUUGACGUUUUAUCACAGACAAAAAUAAAUGAAACAAUGAAUGAAUUUAAAUUACGCGAUAAAGUUCAGGUUAAAGAUGAUGCGGAAAUGCCGCCUAUUUUCGACAAAAAACGGUCUAAGUGUACAUUUGUUGACAAACCUAUAGAACUAAGUACAAGGAUUUUACGCAGUUAUUCGCGACGAAUGAGCGAAGAGAGUGAGAGUGAAAGAUGUGAAUCUGAUACAACUGAUAAAGUAACUCAAAAAUGCCAGUCACUAUCCGUACCUAAGGCGCAGAGCGACAGCCAUAAAAGUGAAGUUGUCGGAAUUGAUAAAAUUAUUCAACAUAAUAAUUCACCGCUUGUAUCUAAGACACAAAGUAUUCCAGAAAAUGCGAAUAGUUCAACUGAACUAGUUGAUUACAAUGAUCUCGGUCUAUUUGAUGAUGAACCAUGUCCAAAGAAAAUUAAAAUUCAUGAAAACAAUAACAAUAACCCAGUUCAAGAAAAUAAUAAUGUAUCAGGCAUCAUACUAAACCCACAAGACAGUGUUCUCUGUAAAAUGAUUGAUAGAUAUGGUAUUAAAACUAUUAAAAACAUGCCUAAGAAGAUUCCCGAAUCUGUUAUAAAAGCUGUUUCCAAGAAACUGGAAGAUGGAAUUGCACAUAUAAUAAAAUUGCCAAUGUCUGAUACAAAGAAUGCAAUGAACAAACUAGCAAAUGAUAUGCAGAGAUGGACAUGGAAAGAUUUUUUAAGAGGCUUAAUACUCUAUUUAAUGGAACCUACGCGAAAAUUGGAAUUGUACAAUAAAAUAAAUGCAGUUAAUGCUCCAUCAAUGACCAAUUCUGAGCAAGUUCUUUUAUACAUAGUGACAAGAUUGAGAGCUUGUUGGCAGGAUGUUGAUUUGUUUGACUGCAUUUUCAGUCAAAUUGAAUAUACUCUUUUCAAAUUAAAUAACGCUCCUGAAUUUGACGCCAUUGAAAGCUUGUCACACUUUUAUGCCAUUUUGUGCAAAUAUGUAAAAGCAAAGAAUCGCUUGAGAAUCUUUGUACUAGAUGCAAUGUAUUGUCUCCAAUAUAAAGCUGUUCCAUUGAUUAAACAGUGUAUUGAAGUAUGGUUCCACAUUCUACCUUUAGCACACUUGGGAAUAGCUAAAAGUCCCUUGGUUACCUGCGUAGUAUAUCUGUUACACUAUUACAAAUGUGAAGACAAAUUUAAUAGGGUUCAAGAUAUAAGACAUAUUUUGCAUCACAAGUAUUAUUUCAAUAUAACUGAUUGGAACGAAACUAGGAUUUUAGAAAUGUUUAAACAUGCAAUCCAUGAAUUAAGAGAUAAUCCGGUUGAGAGGAAAAUGAUGCGUUUGGCUUUGAUUAUACUGGCGAAACGCCAAGGGCCGCAAUGGUGUCAGAACAAACUCAUUAAAAAUAUACUCCUACCUGUAAUCGACGGUUCGCAAGCUGAUGUUUCAGAUAUAGUCAAGGCAUUCUGUGUGUCCAUGCUAGGGCCACUCCUAAAGCCUUAUCCAAUGGAUAUGAAAGUACAUUGCGAAAUAAUUUUGAACCAGCUAUUAGAUAUGUUGGAUCAUAAUCACUCUCCACGAGUUCAAGAGGCGAUAUAUUCAAGUCUGAUAUCCAUGAGUAAGCACAAUCAAACUCGCGUCAUACAAGCUCUACUUUCAUGGCACCCACAGAAAAUAUCUACUGACGCAGAAAAUAUAAUCAAAUGUUACGUAAAGGAAAAACCAGUGAGAGUGUGGAAAACAAUUUUAUCGAAAAUUUCGCUAGUACGUUAAUAAUUUUCGAAAUUUUCAUGUAACAGGUGUAUAUUAUGGUCAUAUAUUGAAAUACCCAUCACUCACAAAAAAAAUGCUCAUCACUGCAUACUAAGGACAUUCGUAAGACAAUAGGCAAGAGGACAACCCGAUUUAUUUUUAACCAUCUUUGACUGGCUUCUGUUUCUAGUUUAGCAUUUUCUGAGCCUAUUGUCAUUAAACUAAACUUGUGUAAGAUCUUAAUAUACAAUCUGACGUCUGUAAGUUGCUUUUAAAUUAGAUAAGGGAUUUUAUUCGAAAUUGACGUGUAUUCUAGAAUUAGGCAUGAAAUCAGUAAAUGUAUACUGUAGUUUGUACAUAGGCACUGGCUGUAUUUUACGUUAAUUUCAAACCUGUGAUUUUUUUACUUCGUUCUGGAAGUGAGUAAUAAAUUACUCUAAGUAAGAAACACUUCUGUAGGUUAUGUUAUAUUAUUAAUUUAAAUAGCUUACAUUUAAAUAUACUUGAUAUAUGAAGUUUGUCUUUGUAAGUCAAAUAAAGGAAAUUUCAAUAAUACAUUAUUU